GACACGGGAGAAACGUGCGGAAAUACAGGCUAAAAGUUCCGUAUCGUUCGUCAGGGGGAUCCAAAAGGAGUUGGUCGGCGAAAGGGAGCUCGAUAGGAUCGACAGGAUACUCGUGGAUCUUGGAACCCCAGCGAUUUAUGGGGGACUUUAGCGCGACGAGUCUCUUCUCGAGUAGUUUGUCCAGCACGAGCAAAUCUUCGAUCGGCAGCAACGCGAAUACCGGCGUAACCAUAAAAACAUCGACGAUGCAGGACGAUCUGUUGAUCGAGAAACAAGCCAGUGGCAAAGCAGCACCGCUAUCGCCCAGCACUGGCCUGGAAACCGUGGCCGGACAAGAAAAGACGAAAGACGCGGUCGAGGUCGAGAGUAUCGCUAUCACGCCGACGACGCCCUCCUCUAGCGAGAAGAAGAUCGUGUGCAGUACCAGUUCGGCGCUUCAAAGUUUCUCCGAGGCCGGCAGGGUGUCGAGUUUGUGGUCCGAUGACAUCGAACUGCAGGCGUUACCGGUCAACGGAUCCAUCGCCACCUUCCACAACUUUCCGACCGGUGGUCCAUCCGGUUUAUUCGCCGGUACCGGACCGACCGUGUCAGCCGGUACGCGUCGCGCUAUCACGGCUAGUCACAACUUUCCGCAACCGCACGGUACCUCGACGACCGCUCCUACUACCAGACACGGUCUUCAGGUGUCGUCCGCUCAACAGCAACAACAGCAGCAACAACAACAACAACAGCAGCAACAACAACAGCAGCAGCAGCAACAACAGCAGCAGCAACAGCAACAACAACAACAACAGCAGCAGCAGCAGCAACAACAACAACAACAACAACAGCAACAUCAGCAACAACCUCCGGCGUCCUCGCACCCGGGUGUUUACCUGCCGGGCAAAGGUUACGCGGCUUGGUCCGGUGGGCCGCAAGCGCCUCAGCAAUGGAACGCUGGACCGCAAGCUGCCACGGUCGCGAGUCCCGGCCUUUCGCCCUGGAAUCGCGGCAGAUCGGUACCUAACCUGCCACCCCUGCACUCGUCCUUGCACGCCGCUGCCGCGGUCGCGGCCGCCGCUGGACUACAGGGCAGGAAACCGAGCCCUACGUUCCCCGGACAUCCGGGACCAGCGGCUCAUCCCUCCUGUAUCAGUCCUGUCAAAUUUCGAAGGAGCACCUCGUAUCCCGGCAAAGGCAACAUGUAUCCGCCGCAACCUGCACCCACCUUCGAAGUCACGACCGCCGAGGACCGGGAUUUGUUGCAGCUGCCGCCGUUUCAGCAGGAUCGUAUGACGGCUAAUGGAAACUCGCCGUUGGACAGUAUGAGAACGUUGGAGCAUUACUUGAGCGACAUCAUGCGAGCUGGUACAGCGGAUACUCCGGAACACGUGAAAGGAUACAUGAACUGCAAUGCCAGCACGCUGCAAUCGCUCGCGCAACUACACGGCAAAUCACCGUUCUUCCCAAGUCUGGAGGACCAGAGCGGCACACUGCUAGAGGAUCCUAACGCGGCGAGUCAAUUGGACGGCGUCGGGGUCGGCGUCGGAGUCGGUGUCGGUGUCGGAGUCGGUGUCGGUGUCGGUGUCGGCGUAGGCGUCGGUGUCGGAGUCGGCGUCGGUAGCGGCAUAACCGGCUCUCAGACCGCGCCGCUUUCGUCCCCGAGUCGGAGCAGUCCUCACAGUCAAGGUAGCGAAACGGGAGAACGUUUCUCUAGGAAAGUGUUCGUCGGUGGUCUGCCACCGGACAUCGACGAAGAGGAAAUCAAAGCCAGUUUCCGUCGUUUCGGAUCGUUGGUCGUCGAUUGGCCCCACAAAGCGGAGAGCAAAUCCUACUUUCCACCAAAGGGCUACGCUUUCUUGCUUUUCCAGGACGAAGCAUCCGUGCAACAGUUGAUCGACGCGUGCAUCCAAGACGAGGAAAAAUUGUACCUAUGCGUGAGUUCGCCAACGACCAAAGACAAACCGGUGCAAAUUCGACCGUGGCGACUGAGCGACGCGGAUUACGUGCUGGACGCUUCGAUGCCGUUGGACCCACGAAAGACGGUGUUCGUCGGUGGUGUGCCGCGACCAUUGAAAGCCGUUGAGCUGGCGAUGAUCAUGGAUCGGCUUUACGGAGGCGUGUGUUACGCCGGUAUCGAUACCGAUCCCGAGCUCAAGUAUCCAAAGGGAGCCGGUAGGGUCGCUUUCAGCAAUCAGCAAAGCUAUAUAGCUGCCAUAUCGGCCAGAUUCGUUCAGUUGCAGCACGGCGACAUAGACAAAAGAGUCGAAGUUAAACCGUACGUUCUGGACGAUCAGAUGUGCGACGAGUGUCAGGGACAACGUUGCGGAGGCAAAUUUGCGCCGUUCUUCUGCGCGAAUGUUACCUGCCUACAGUACUAUUGCGAGCACUGUUGGGCGACGAUUCACUCGCGGCCAGGUCGAGAGUUCCACAAGCCGUUGGUGAAAGAGGGUGCAGAUCGACCUCGAGCCGUGCCGUACCGCUGGUGUUAACCCCAGCUGCGUUG